AUGCCGCAGGCGAAGCUCAAUCCGCUGAGCAAGGACAAACCAUUCCUCCUAAUGCGACUGCCGCUCACGGAGCUUAGCAUCGGUCUGACCGGAAGCUCAAGCGAGUAUUUGAAGAAAGACGUGGCCAUCUACCAUAACCUCAUGAGCUCUCUUUUAUGCAGCCAGAAUACCACGCGGGGAAGUCCGUCUCUGAAAGUCCAUACCCAGACCGAGGAGAAGAUCGAGCGUCUCGUUGCAUUGAGUCGGUGGUUAUACAAGCCGGAUGCUGCUGACGUCUAUCGGACGCUCCGAGCGCUGGAGACAAGAAAGGCAGUCGUGCGCGCGACAAACGAUCUUCUGUGGAAGACCGUCGUGUUCUUCGUUACUUCGACCGAGUGGGGCUUUGCGACGCCGCAUGUAGAUGGUGAUCGGUACUUGCACUUUCUGGAGGAGAUGCUUCGGGGGAGCGCUGCGCUGGAGUUUGCACAGGUGAAACAUCGGAGCGGCGGGCUAUGA